CCCCGCGAUGCUCCGCCGCCGCCUGCCCCUGCUCGGGCCCGGGCUGCUGCUGCUGCAGACCGUGUGUGCCGGCGGCCACCUCCCCAAAGCCCUGGGCUACCUGGAGAUGGGCACCUCAGCCCUCCUCAAGGACGUGCCCUACGGCGCCCUGAACCCCCCAGCGCUCAACCCCGGGCACCUGAUCCCGGCAGAGCCCCCCAGGGUGGGCACGGGGGUCCCGGCUGGCACCUCCCACAGCCCCUGGCACUGGCAGAAGAACCAAACAUCCCUGGAAGCCCCGAACCCCCGCGCCCACCGCAAGCCCAGCCUCAAAUCCAGCCGCGCCAAGAAGAUUUUCGGCUGGGGCGAUUUCUACUUCAACAUCAAAACGCUCAAGUUCAGCCUCCUGGUGACGGGCAAGAUCGUCGACCACAUCAACGGCACCUUCAGCGUUUACUUCAGACACAACUCCUCCAGCCUGGGCAACGUCUCCGUCAGCAUCGUGCCGCCCUCCAAGGCCGUGGGCUUCGAGGUGGUGGUGCCAGCCCUGCCAGGGCCGGCUCUGCGUGCCCAGCAGAGCACCCUGCCCGAGGGGCGCCCGGCCAAGGCGCUCAACUGCCACGUGGAGUACGAGAAAACCAACAGGGCCAGGAAGAACAAGCCGUGCCUCUACGAUCCCUCCAAGGUUUGCUUCACCGAGCACACGCAGAGCCACGCGGCCUGGCUCUGCUCCAAGCCCUUCAAGGUCAUCUGCAUCUUCAUCUCCUUCCUCAGCAUCGACUACAAGCUGGUGCAGAAGGUCUGUCCCGACUACAACUUCCAGCAGGAUAACCCCUAUUUUGGCUGA